GGCCACGCCCACGCCUUCGACGCACCCAAUCAUCCAGCUUCCUGCAUUUGAAUGGCCCAAUCACGAGCGCUCUUUCCUCCUCCCCCGGUUGGGACAUGCGCGUUGUGAGAGUUGCGUCCGGCCGUAGGCUCCGCCCCCUGUGACCGCUACGUCGAAGGGCCUUCACUGCCGAGGUCCUAUCUAUUUCCGGGUCAUGACCGCUCUGCCUCUGCCCUAGCUGGGUUGCACUUGUCAGUCCUGAGGUGAGGCGCGGCUGCCGCCGGGGCCCGGCUUUUUCUCUUGACGGAGUUUUCUUCUCCCCGGGAUUGGAUUUCCCUGUUGUUUGGGGGAUUUGUCAAAGAUGAACUCAGAUGAUUACAUGUCUUGGAGUGGAGCUAACUUGUCUCCUCACCUGCACAGUGAAGAAUGUAACCUAGUUAUCAAUCUGCUCAAAGAGUGUCACAAAGAGCACACCUUUUUGAGAUUUUUUGGCCACUGCAAUGACCUUGACCGUGAGAUGCGGAAAUGCUUAAAGAAGGAGUACCAAGAAAACCGAGCCAAGAGCCGGGCACAUGCUGAAGAGAUGCGUCAGAGGCUCAUUAAUGCUUCAAAACACUCUGAGAGCUGAGCUAUGUUGCAGCUGGACAGCUAUACAUCAUAUGGACAUUUGGCUGAAAGCUGAAGGAACAUCUCUUGUUUUGUCUUCUAUGCACUUGGAUAUAAAAUGCUAUUUACUCAGCUGCUAAUGUUUGUAAUAAAAAUUUCUGAAGUUUA